AUGCCUUCAAAUCCGCACGUCUUGCAUCCAGACAUGGAAACAAUAAUUAUCCUCUUGGAUAAGCAACCCACCCGAAUGUUUACCCGCAACUGUAUUCCCCCCAAGGAUCCCCCUCCAGGAACACCCGAACCCUGUGUAUGGCGAUGUCACGAAUGCGGGCGGAAGUACAAGAUCUCCGUCACAAGCCGCUGUAUUAGGUGUCCUUCAUACAACGAUAAACCCCCUUACAUGUACCUCUCGGGCAAUAGCCCAGACGGCCAACCUACUAGAGAGUAUCGAAAAUCUCCCCUCUCAGGCAGUAGUCCAGAUGGCAAAUCUGCUACAAAGACCAGAAAGUCUCCCACAAACCGUACAUACUCAAAACGACCAUCCCCGUCAGUUUAUAACUACGACUACGAGUUCUGGGGCCAAUACAACGACUGGAAACGCUUUGGCUCAGAGUAUGAAGCUAGGCCUGAGAGAUGGGAGAGCCGCAUCAAACACAAUUUCGACGGCAAGGGUAGUGCACCGCGCCGAGCGGAGAGAUAUAAGUUUGAGGUCGAAACACGCACUUAUUUCACGGAGGAAAGGCUGGAGCGCAUGCUUAAAAGGAAGCAUAACUGUGAACUGGACUGUGAUUAUCCCAGUCAGUGUCAAACAGAGCGUUAUGAAGCAUCUAGGAAGGGAUCCCGGAAAGUCACAGGAGGCAAGGUGCACCCCCCACGGUAUGGCGAUGAUAAGGGAAAUGCAGGUAAGAUGCCCCUUUGUGAGCUUUUACCAGGAUUCGAUCAGGAGAUAACAAGUCCUGAAGACGUUGAUGAUGAGGAUGUGAUAUUCGCGGCGUACAAGAGGGAUGUUGAUGCUUGGUAUGCUUCAACUCUGGCGAGUCUAGCUAAAUAA